AUGUCCUUUGAUAUCAAUUGGAGUACAUUAGAAGCUGAUAAUAGACUAAAUGACCUUAUUAGAAGACAUUUGAAUUCGUAUUUGCAGAAUACUCAAUUGCCAAGCUACGUCAGCAAUCUUAGAGUACUAGAUUUUGAUCUGGGGAAAGUUGGUCCUGCCAUAACUCUGAAAGAAAUAACAGAUCCUCUAGAUGAGUUUUAUGAUUCAAUCAGAGAAGAGGUUGAUGAAGAAACAAAUGAAAAUCAUAGUGACAAAGACGAAACAGAGCAUGCUGUUACUGAGAGUAGUGUAGCCAAUCAGCAAGAAUCGAAUGAAAAUUCCGAGCCACUCGUGGUUAUGCCAUCUCCUAAUGAUAUACAAUUUUUGUUGGAAGUUGAGUAUAAAGGUGACCUACUUGUCACAAUUGGUGCCGACCUUGUACUGAAUUAUCCCGUUGAGAAAUUUAUGACUUUGCCAGUGAAGCUUUCCAUUAGUGACAUCGGGCUCCACUCUCUUUGCAUCGCAGCAUGUUUAUCGAGGCAGCUGUUUUUCAGUUUUUUGUGUGAUGUUAGUGAUCCUGCACUAGACGGCAAUCAGGUUGUUUUGGAUCCUAAGGGACCAAUUCUGGCAGCCACUAAGCCAUUGGAGCGAAUAUCUAUUGUGAGGAAUAUGAAGAUUGAAACUGAAAUAGGUGAACAAUAUCAGGGACAGGGCUCCGUAUUGAGAAGCGUUGGAGAAUUAGAACAGUUUUUGUUUACCAUAUUCAAGGAUUUUUUAAGAAAGGAAGUAGCAUGGCCAAGUUGGAUUAAUCUGGAUUUCAAUGAUGAAGAUGAGUAA